UCCAGGUACUAAUUGUAGCUAUUAUGUUGGCUGCUGCUUACGCUCAAUCUGACACUGGAUAUCCCGCGCCUUCUGAACCAAAGAAGCCUGCGAAGUACAACUUCAACUACCAAGUGCAAGACGACCCGACCAAGAACGACUUCGGUCACCAGGAGGCCCGCGACGGCCACGACACGCAGGGGUCGUACCAGGUACAGCUUCCCGACGGCCGCCUGCAGAAGGUCUCCUACACCGUGAGCGUGGACUCCGGAUACGUGGCGGAUGUGAUGUACGAGGGAGAGGCUCAGUAUCCGGCCGAAGGAACCCCUGGAUAUGCAUGAGUGCCCUGAUUCUUUCCCUUAUUUAUUUUGAAAAUGUAAAGGCGAUUUUAAUUAAAGCUCAGUGUUA